AGUUAAGAGUCUGAUAAAUCGAUGGUAUUUUAAACCUGCCCCCUCAAGUUCAUGGCUUCUGAACGUAGCCGUACGGUACUGCAUUAAUCCGACAAAAGUGGGGUUAAGGUUCUUUGAUAUUAAUGCGUCCCUCUUUUGGCAGCUUGUGCGAAUUUGCUCUUUUACUGCAGAAGGGAGAAACAGGGGAGUGUGAUCUCGGGUGGGGAUCCUUAUAAAUAUAACCGACGCCAGCGACCCUGACACUGGUGUGCCGGUGUGCAGUUUUUCCUGGCUAGGGAGGAGACAUGAAGUUCGCAAGGCAGAGUUCAGUCGUCUUCGCCCUCAUCUUGGUCGCUCAGCAGGCACGAGCGUUGACCGCUUUCGGCGAUCUCGGUCGAUAUGGUGACGUUAACAGCGAGAUUCCGAGCAACACGCCGGAAGAUGACGACUACCAACAGCGUCAAAUCCAACAGUGGCAGAUCGCUGUACAAGUGCCACCAAAUGUAGCCCAGGGUGGACCAGGAAAUUCGCCUCCUCCGGGCAGCGUGUGGAUCCAAGUGCCCACCGGAGGCGGAUACCCCCAACAGCCUACAGGCUAUCCCCCGCAAGGAGGUGGAUAUCCACAACAACCAGGUGGAUAUCCUCAGCAACCAGGUGGGUCUCCCCAGCAAUCAGGAACGUAUCCUCAACAGCCAGGCGGUAACACUCAACAACCAACAGGUGGAUACCCUCAACAACCUGCUGGUAGUUAUCCGCAACAACCAACAGGUGGAUAUCCACAACAACCAACAGGUGGAUAUCCUCAACAACCUUCUGGCGGUUACCCACAACAACCUGCUGGCAGUUAUCCGCAACAACCAACAGGUGGUUAUCCUCAACAACCUUCUGGCGGUUACCCGCAAAAGCCCUCUUCAGAAGUACCUACAGGAGGCUACAAUCCACCCAAACCAGUUGGUGCAAACACACAGCAACCGUCGGGAGGGUACCCUCAAAAACCUACAGGACAAUAUCCCCAACAACCAUCCGGAGGAUACCCCCAACAACCAUCCGGAGGAUAUCCCCAACAACCAUCCGGAGGAUAUCCCCAACAACCAUCCGGAGGAUAUCCCCAACAACCAUCCGGAGGAUAUCCCCAACAACCAUCCGGAGGAUAUCCCCAACAACCAUCCGGAGGAUAUCCCCAACAACCAUCCGGAGGAUACCCCCAAAAACCUUCCGGAGGAUACCCCCAACAGCCUUCUGGAGGAUAUCCUCAGCAGCCUUCUGGUGGGCAAUUUGAGUCCACGCCUGCUCCAUUCCCAGCACCGGGACCGGGGCCGAUACCAUCAAAUGAACUUAAUCCAGGACAGGAGACGGGCUCUAACGCUGGGGCGGCUUUAGUAGAGUUGAGAAAAUUCUGCCUGUCUCCACGUGGCCAGUUUCCCAUCGACAAGUCAUGCAGCAAAUUUGUCAACUGCUGGGACGACGUCGCAAUAGAAAGUGAUUGUCCGGGUGGACUUGUGUUCAGUCCAGCUGGCUUCUGCGAUUACCCUUACAACGUGGACUGCGGAAACCGCUUGACAGACCAACCUCCUCCAGUGAGCGAAAAAGGACUGUGCCCUGGGCCGUACGGGGCGUACAGGGCUGCAGACAGCUGUUCAGGCUUCAUCGUGUGUGUCACUGGGACACCCUACAAAUUCCAAUGUCCCGACGGACUCCACUACAAUGACGAACUCGGAGUGUGUGACUAUCCUUACAACGUAGACUGUCGCGGGACGCCGAUAGGGCUUCCGGCUGUGACCCAGGAGACUACAGCGACGCCCUACCCAACAACCGGCAUCAACCCCAGCAACGAAACCAACGUCUACAGCGGCACGUACGACACCUGGCUUAAGAGGAUUCCAGCGAGUUACACGCAGAGGAGAUACAAACGCUUAGUGAAGAAGGAUUAAUUCUAAUGGUUUUCAGGCCUGACGUGAAACCGGAUCUGCAGCCAAUGGCCCCAAGUUAGAACGUGAAGGCACUAACUCCCUCUACAGAGGUUCGCAGUGGUACUUGGGACUCAGCAACUCUGCAUCCUACUGCAUCCUACAGGAUCUUAACGAUUCGAGAGAAAUCCUGAACCCGACUGCGGAAAGUGAAUGAACAAGACGUAAUUCAGGAGUAGAAUUCUUAAUUUCGAAAUUUAAAUCUUGAUAUUAACAUUGGACUUAAGAAAGUUAUUUCAGUGUUUUUACCGAGUUCUUCUACAAUUCAUGUGAUAAAAGCUGUAUUACUUCUAAAUUUGUAUGGAGGAUAAAUUAUAGAUUUAUGUCUUGCGAUCUACUGUUAGUAGGAGUUCUAUAUCAAAAAAGUAGAAAACCAGAAAUACUUUCUAAAAUUUUUAAUUUUACGUGUUAUAAAAUCCAGAAUUAUUGGCAUAAAUUCUCGAUCUGGAGGCCUAAUCAACAAGUUCCAAAAGUCGGUAAACACAUACAUAGUAAUUUAUCUGUAUUAACGGGAAGGAAACUUCCACACGGUAUUGUACAACCUUUAACUAAAUUUUAUGAAAUUUUACAAGAAGAAAUUUCAUCGGAUUAAAAUCGAAGUAGUUUCGCUCAAUGGAAAAGAUAUUCAGCACCAUACACAGACGUUGUGCAGAAGAGAUAAUUUUUAAUAUUUUAAUUAAUUUAUGAACAGGACUGUGCAAAAGUCAGGACACACUAGAAAUCAAAACACAUAUAAAUAUAUUUCUUCUAUGCGAUUUUACAUUUAAUUUGUUCGAUAUCAUACAUAUCUUCACAUAUAACUUAAAAAACACGUAACAGCAAAUGAUCUUGUUACUUCAAGUAUUCAAAAUGGUCGCAUUCGGUGGAUGACCAGUGUGUCUUAGCUUUGACACCAAUCUGUAUGACAUAUUAGCAAUUCGAGUAGACAGAAUUAAAACGAUGUGUGCAAGGGGUUAAUUAAUCUCUUUAAAACUAACUAACUAACUAGAUGGCUUACCGAACCCGAAGGUUCAUCACCGAAUUAACCAAAGCCCUCCACCGGACCCUGUCCUGGGCCAACAAAAUCCAGUCUCCUCCAACUCCU